GGCCUUAAUUUUUUACAUUUUAAUCAGCUGCCAUCAUUUCUUUGCAGGAGCAAAUAGAUUUGGUAAUCAUCAGCACAGACGUGAAAUGAGAUAAUGUAUCUUUUCAUAAAUGAUCCUAGAGGGAGAGAAAACAAUUGGCCCCAGAAUGAAGCCUUGUGGGACUCCAUAGAGGAGCAGUGUUCAGCCUAAACCACUCUCGAGCUGCGCCCUCUCUGUGACAUAAUGCAGCUCCACAAGUAGAAAAAAAUUAUUUCAGUUCAGAGCAGUGUGCAGCCGGAGCUCUGAUUUGAGGUGACCGUGCAUACACAGAUUGACACUCAUCGCUGGGAAAGAGACAUUAAAUUCAUUAAGAACAAAUCCCUGUCUACAAGGACAAAUGUAAAGUGUCAUGAGUAAAUGAAGAACUGAAGAGAAAUAUGGAACAUACAGAUAACACGCUGCCCCCUGGUGGUGAAUGUUUGUUAUAUAAUGAGGAGCGAAAUCUACCUAAGUACCUUCAAAGUGAUCCACGUUAAUUCAGUUCUUAUUCCUUGCAUCCAUUUCGCUUUGUUUCAGUGUCUCACCAUGGGAUGUGCCCCCUGCAGAUUCCUCAGAAGUAUUUAUCUCAUUCUGCCAAUUCUGACUGGCUGAUGAUCACAACAACCAUGUCGGGCAGCCACUCACCCUUAAUUAGCUUGCGCUGUUACAUAGUCGUUAUUCAAGAUAAGCAACUCUUCUCACUUCUGAGCAUAUCUCAGCUUUCUUAGGCUGAGAUAUGCUAGCUAAGCCUCCUUAGGCUAACUAGCUUAACUUUCCACAGACAGGAGCGUUAGUGUUAUUUCCCGCCACUGGGCGCUAGCUACCUCUGCCUGUCUGUGUCCCUGUUUGUGUCCCUCAACAUUAACAUCCCAGCUAGUGAAGAAGACAUGUUUCCCUCACAGCAGAGGAAGCAUAGACUCCGAGAAUGACUCUGAGUAUGUGGCAACAAAAUCUCGAGCAAGGACACACCGGGUCUUCUUGUGUUGCCUCGGGCUGGAACAUGCCCAGGUAUUCUGAGGAAUAUGCAGGGAGGCGCAUCCCAUAGUGCGACAUCUGCUACUCUGAGAACCGGGGUUACUGAAGUAACCUAAAGCUUUAUGCUCCAGUGAUAUCUGCAUUAGUACUUUUACUUCUGGGAUGAUUCAAAACUUUUAUACUGAGUGGAGCUAGCUCACAGCAUCUCGAUGGCCCUUGGGGUUAGGUUCUAGUUUUAUGUGUAGGAAGAAGGUCUCAGGUUCAAAUCCCAGGGUUGGUAGUGAGUCUAGAGCUGACUUGAACUCAGUGUAAAAGUAACCUCAGUUUUAACACAGUGGUGUCACCUCAGUCAAACGAUCUAACCUUUUGACAGGUGCAGAGUGAGCACACCAACAUGAAGCUGAGGCUGUGUUGCAAAUCAAGUUUGUGGUUUGCUCUUUACUUCAUUAUAAAACCGGAUUCAGACACCACACCUGGGCACACCUGGGGACUGAAACUGUCUGAGAUCUAAAUGACUCGGGUCUGUCUGCUUGCUGCUCCUCACUCUUUGUGCAGGUUCAGUUUACAGGUUACUUAAACUCACCUGUUCAACCAGCACAGCGAUCAGUGAUGCAGAGGAACCGAACUGUAGCGGCUCCGUAGAGCAGUUAAGCCCGCUGGAUCUGCUCUCUUCUCCCGUGUGAACUCUCCUGGAGCUGCGGGGGAUGGUGUCAGCUCCUGAAGCCGGACAAUCGGACGCCGAGGCCGGCGGCAGGCAGCGCUAGCUGACCGAGCUGCGGGCUUUGAAUUUCGGCCUCACUGCCAGGAUUUUAUCGGGACUUUUUUGCCGGAUAUUCGGAGUAUCUCUGGGGUAGUUGCCUGGCCGUGGACACUUCGGGAAGGUUCGGUUCUUAAUGCCCCGGAGGCUCCGAGAAGAGCAGACUGCGGAGCCCCGGAGCAGGGCUCGGACACCGGGGGAGUGCGAAGAACUCUGAUUUGCUCCGCCCACCAUGAACCCUCUAAACCAGAUGAAGGCUGGACUAGCCAACAACCCACACAGUGAAGGCUCGUACCCCUACGACCCCUCCAGCUGGCAGCAGCCCACCAAUCAGCCCACAGGAUCGCUCUCCGUGGUCACGACUGUCUGGGGCGUCACCAACCCCUCGGCCAGCCAGGGUCUUGGUGGAGGCGUGAUGGGGCCCGGGGCCAACCCAGGCGGGGGUCCCAUGAUGCAGGGCCCCGGGGGGUCGGGCAUGUCCGGCGGGCCCGGAGGCUACAUGGGUCAGCAGGGCUACGGAGAGCCCAGCAAAGGAUACAUGACCCAGGGCAUGUACGGCCGUACGGGCGGGGCCUACGCAGGAGGACCGGGCGGGUACACGGGGAGCUAUCCGUCGAACCCUGGAGCCUCCCGAGGCUCCGCCGACUUCACUCAGGCCGCCGCCGCCGCCGCCGUUGCUGCUGCCGCUGCCACGGCAACCGCCACUGCUACAGCAACCGUCGCCGCCAUCCAGGAGAAACAAAACCAGGAGAUGAACUAUGGACAGAUGGGCGGUCCAGCCUACAAUAACCAGUUCAUGGCCCACUCCGGCCCCCGCGGCCCUCCUGGCAUGGCUCCUGGAAGUAUGGGCCCAGGUCCAGGCCCCACCAGAGGUCCCCCUUCAAUGGGCCCUAUGUACGGACCAGGAGGGGGCCCGCAGAGGGUCCCCCAGCACCCAAACUAUGGCCCUGGACCACAGCAGGGACACCUGAGGCCCCCGCAGGGCCUCAAACGGCCAUACAGCUCAGAGUCCUUCCCGGGAAUGUCCCAGCAGUAUGGUGUUCCUGUCGGUUCCAGUGUGAACGUCAUGCCGGGUCCCGGAGGUGGCGGUGGAUCCAUGCCUGGUUCAGCUGGAGGCGGUCAUGGCGGGCCCGGCCCCUACCCGGGCCCCAACAUGCAGUACCACCCAGGUCCCGCCGGUCCAGGUCCCGCCCCUCCGCGGUCUGGCUCCUCCCCCUCCUAUCAGAGCCAUAAAAUGCCCCUCCCACCUCAGUACCCCCCCUCUGGACCCCCCAGCUCGCAGUACUACAAGCAGGACCAGUUUAACGGGCAGGGCGGCUUAAACACUCUGACAGCAGGGGGCGCCGGAGGCGUGUACAACUCCUUCAACCAGCCAUCAGGGCCGGGGCGAGGGUUGCCAGGUUACCCGUCUUCUCCGGUUCCGGGAAACCCAACACCUCCUAUCACCCCCAGCAGCUCCAUGGCUCCGCCCUACAUGUCGCCUGGCAACGGUGACAUCAAGCCAACGCCUUCUUCCUUCCUGCCUGACAUCAAACCCAACAUAGCUGGCCUGGCCCCUCCCCCGCCGACAGGUAACCCUAGCGACGACCUGCGGCUGACCUUCCCAGUGAGAGAUGGCGUGGUCCUGGAGCCCUUCAGAUUAGAGCACAACCUGGCCGUCAGCAACCACGUCUUCCAGCUGAGAGAGUCCGUCUACAAAACACUCAUCAUGAGGCCUGACCUGGAGCUCCAGUUUAAGUGUUACCACCACGAGGAUCGACAGAUGAACACCAACUGGCCCGCCUCCGUCCAGGUGAGCGUGAACGCGACUCCUCUCACCAUUGAGCGAGGCGACAACAAAACUUCCCAUAAACCUUUGUACCUGAAACACGUGUGUCAGCCGGGCAGGAACACCAUCCAGAUCACCGUCACCGCCUGCUGCUGCUCUCACCUGUUCGUCCUCCAGCUGGUUCACCGUCCGUCGGUGCGAUCGGUGCUGCAGGGACUGAUGAAGAAGAGGCUGCUUCCUGCAGAGCUCUGCGUCACCAAGAUAAAGAGGAACUUCAGCAGCGGCUCCAUCCCCGGGACGCCCGGGUUAAACGGAGAGGACGGUGUGGAGCAGACCGCCAUCAGGGUCUCGCUAAAGUGUCCCAUCACGUUCCGACGCAUCCAGCUGCCCGCCAGAGGCCAUGACUGCAGACACAUACAGUGUUUCGAUCUGGAGUCGUACCUGCAACUCAACUGUGAGCGAGGAACCUGGAGGUGUCCUGUGUGCAAUAAGACGGCUCUGUUGGAGGGUCUGGAGGUGGACCAGUACAUGCUGGGAAUCCUGAUCUACGUGCAGAACUCGGAGUACGAGGAGAUCACCAUCGACCCGGUGUGCAGCUGGAAGCCCGUCCCCGUGAAGCCCGACCUCCACGUGAAGGAGGAGCCUGACGGCCCCGUGCUGAAGCGCUGCCGGACGCUCAGCCCCAGUCACAUGGUCAUGCCCAACGUCAUGGAGAUGAUCGCCUCGCUCGGCCCCACCCCUUCUGCCUCCUCGUCCUCCUCCACCUCGGCAGUUCCCCCCUCCUCUUCCUCCUCGUCCCCGAUGCCCUACCCCUCCCUACCCGGAGGGGGCGGUGGCGGCGGCAACAACAGCAGCGCGACGCCCGAGUACCCCGGACCCGGAUCAGCUCCGUCCUUCCCCACGCUGUCGGCUCCGUUCUCCGACUUCAGCGGUCCGGGGACGCCCGGCAUCGGCGGCGACUUCUCCUCGCCCGGCCCCCCGCCCCUGUCCUACCAGUCGGAGCUCUCCAGCGCCCUCCUCACCCCUGACAAACCCCCCCCUCACCCGCUGGCUGGACAGAUGCCGGGCUCAGGCCGUAUGGACUCAACUUCCCAUGGUGCUCCUCUCCAGCAGCAGCAGCAGCACCAGCAGCAGUCGCAGGGUCUCCAUGGCAACUCGCAACUGGGGGGUGGCAACCAGAUGAUGCAGCGUAGUAACCAGAAUCCCCGUCUCCAAGGCGAUGGCUCCUUCGGGCUCGGGGGCUCGGCAGACGUUCCGGAAACUUCUCUGGACUUGCUUCCUGAGUUGACCAACCCGGACGAGUUGCUGUCCUACCUCGGCCCUCCGGACCUGCCCAGCAACAACAACGACGACCUGCUGUCGCUGUUUGAGAACAACUGAAGCGCUCGCACGGCUCCGGGGUCGACCACGCCGAGACGUCACGGCAACAUCCGAACUUUAUUUUUAUCCCCGCCGCCAACAUGGCACCGUCUGCACAGGAAGGGGCGGACCUCGAGGAGGAAGGAAAACAAAACGGCGACUUUUGAAUCUAAAAAAUCUCUUUGAUGUGUGAUUAUGAACUCCAUGGUAACUUUAUUUUAUUGUUUUUAAUUGUGUUUCGAUGCUUCAUCCUUCAUUCCCUGUCAGUUCAAAGAGGCGCCACAGCACUGCUUUCACGUACCUGCCCCGCCCACAGCGAGGUCACCCAGUCGCCCUUUGUGUAACAGCACAACACUGGCAUCUGAUUGGCUGUCAGUGUAUUGGCUCAGCCCGUGAUCAGGUUGUGAUUCAGGUGAUUCCAGCGCGGCGGUGUACAGUAUACGAAGGUGCGGCUGGCGUCCUUUGCGGUUCCAGCUGUUGGUGGGUGUGGGUGUGAAACCUGUGAAGGCAGCAUUGCGGCGCGUCACAGCCGGGGGUUUUGGUGCAAAGAUGGCUGCAGACGAGCUGAAAGCGGCGUCUUUUCCCACGGACACGCUUUCCUUUCUCACCAGAGACACUGAGGGGUCCACGCCCGGCCCCGGUGUGCGACACGGACCUACCGAUGACCAAUCAGAGGCGACACGGGCGGCUGUAGCUGCUCAGCCCCCUCCCCUCAUGUUAGGGUUUUUUGUAAGCGGGCUAGUUGACCUUUGACCUGGCCGCGGUCUGCACAUGUGGCUUACUGUAACUCACAUCUGGGCUGAAGCUGCAGUGACAAACGCUGGUUCAUCUUCAUCAUCCUCAUCAUCCUGUGUUGUUGUAUAGUGACUUAGAGUCCAACAGUUGUGGUGUCUCCAUGGAAACCUGUACAUGAUGAUUCAGUAACUCAUAACAUAAAGUUUGUAAUUUAAUAAACAGACACUGGAAAGACA